GUCGCUUCAACGCAUUGCACGUUGCUAGUUAGUUGCUAUGUUGUAGCUAUUAGCACGACAGCCAUUCCUUCGCUGGGAGGGUGACCCGCCGUCCAAGUUGGACAAAAAUACGCUGUGAAUUUCCUCCUGAUUGUACACAUGAAACAGUCAACAGCUGGCAACUCCAAGACAACGGAUCUCGCCUAGUAAAUUUCGAGCGUGUUUCCCUUCCUCUGUUAGCUUAGCCAGCUAGCUAGCAGCUCAAGUGCCACCCGGUUCUUGCCCCCACUCUCUGUGCAAACCGUCACCUGCCCGGCUGGAGGACCAUGGCGAUGAGACAGACUCCGCUCACCUGUUCUGGUCACACUCGGCCUGUCGUGGAUUUGGCCUUCAGUGGAAUCACCCCUUAUGGCUACUUUCUCAUUAGCGCCUGCAAAGAUGGCAAGCCCAUGUUGCGCCAGGGAGACACAGGAGACUGGAUUGGAACGUUUCUGGGUCACAAAGGUGCUGUCUGGGGAGCCACUCUGAACACUGACGCCACCAAGGCAGCCACUGCCGCGGCAGACUUCUCAGCAAAAGUGUGGGAUGCAGUCAGUGGUGACGAAGUCCUCACAUUGGCACACAAACACAUCGUGAAGACGGUCACCUUUACUCAGGACAGUAACUGUUUAUUGACUGGAGGAAAUGAUAAGCUCCUGCGCAUCUAUGAUCUCAGCAGCCCCGAUGCCGCACCACAGGAGAUUGCUGGUCAUACCUCACCUAUCAAGAAGGCCCUGUGGUGUAAUGAUGACAAACAGAUUCUCUCAGCAGCGGAGGAUAAAACCAUACGACUGUGGGACAGGACCUCCAUGGAGGUGGUGAAGACGUUGACGUUUGACACGUCCGUGAGCAGCAUGGAGUACGUGGUUGACGGCGAGGUCCUUGUGAUCACAUAUGGGAAGACGAUUGCUUUCUACAACGCUCUCAGCCUUGACCCGAUCAAGUCUGUGGAUGCCCCAGCGACCAUCAACUCGGCAUCGCUCCACCCAGACAAGGACUUUUUUGUCGCAGGCGGAGAGGACUUCAAGCUCUAUAAAUACGACUAUAGCACCAAGGAGGAACUGGAAUCCUAUAAAGGUCACUUUGGUCCCGUGCACUGUGUCCGCUUCAGUCCGGAUGGCGAGCUGUACGCCAGCGGCUCUGAGGACGGCACACUUCGUCUGUGGCAAACAGCAGUGGGGAAAACCUAUGGCCUUUGGAAAUGCGUUCUUCCUGAGGAGCUUGCGGCAGAGAACACGGAGCAGAUAUACACCUCACCUCCUGAAAUUAAAGCCUAAAGACGGAGAGAAGCGUGCUGCUGAUUGGGGGAGGAAAACAAGACCCGAGGAAGACGCAGCUGACACGGCGGUCCCGGUUGAGUUCUAUCAGGCCCCAGCAAGGACAAGAGUCCCGAGCAUCUCCAUCUAUCAGGAACUGAUGUUGAAAAUGUGGCCGACUUGUUGUCUGUUAUGCAACACACAUCAACACACACACACAGAUACACAUUUAUGCAGGCAUGUAGACAGUAAGGGCGACAGAGACGAGCAGUAGAGCUAUACGUGCGUGCCGCUCAUUCGUAGCUGCCUGCUUUGUCUCUGAUCAGCCCGGUUGGUAUGUCGGCUUCAACAUGUCACCACGUGGACAUUGAUAAGUUCAAUUUAGGUUCUAUUUCAUUAUUUAAUGAGCUGGAGCCAGGCUGUUGUUUUCAGUUCAAUCGCAAUACGAGAGCCUGUUGUGCCACGUAAGAGCUUUUGUUUAAUCGCUUUAAGGAUUCGCCGCUGCUGUGCUCGUAAGAGACGGGUUAUGUCUAAGUGUCAAAAGAAUGUUUUGUGACAAAAAGUGGAAGAGGAAGAAAUGUCACCGUUUGACUUUUUGGUUUGUUUAUCAUUAACCAGUGGUUGAAUAAAGAAAUUUGUUGCCGUUUUA